CCAACACACCAGUUGCCGUUCAGCAAAGAGAGCGAGCUAACGUCCAGCGGAUCACGGAUCACGGACUACGGACUACAAACUACAGAGUUAACCCGAGGAUAACUAGAGAAUUAACUCAAGGAGCAUUAGAAUAUAUUUCCCAGGAUAUAACUGCUCUUUGAGAUGGAGUUUCUGAGCGCCCAGUGCGCCGCCCGUUCAGCGGGUCCGGCCAACACGCUCAUGUCCCUGCUCCUGUCCACCCUGAUAACCAAGUAUUGUGACUUGAGUGGCCAGCAGCAGUGGCCCGAGGAUCGUGGCGAUUGGUUGGACAAAAAUGGUGGCUUCAAGGGUGAGGACUAUGAUUUUAUUGUAAUUGGAUCGGGAAGUUCAGGGGCCGUUGUGGCUGGCCGCUUGGUGGAGGAAUCCAACUGGAAAGUGCUUUUGCUGGAGGCUGGUGGUGAUCCACCCAUUGAAACGGAAUUCGUGGCCUGGCACAUGGCCACUCAGUUCUCCAAAUGGGAUUGGCAAUAUCAUUCGGAACCCAAUGGACGUGCCUGUAUGGCCAUGUUGGGUGAGAGUUGCCAUUGGCCGAGGGGCAAGAUGUUGGGCGGAACGAAUGGCAUGAAUGCCAUGAUCUAUGCCCGAGGCACCCGGGAGGACUUUGAUGAUUGGGAACGUAGAGGUAAUCCUGGCUGGGGUUAUGACUCUGUGCUGGAGCACUUCCGCAAGGCGGAGGAUUUACGUUCCACACGUCCGGAUUAUAAGCCCGGUGAUCAUGGCGUUGGUGGACCCAUGGGCAUCAAUAACUACGUUUCGGAUAACGAAUUUAGAUCAACGAUCCGCGCUGGCAUGCAGGAGAUGGGCUAUGGCAGUGCUCCGGAUUUCACAGAGGGUUCUUUUGUCGGACAAAUGGAUAUUUUGGGAACUCAGGAUGGUGGACGUCGCAUAACCACUGCACGCUCUCAUUUACGCAAGGAUACACCGAAUUUGCAUAUCCUGCGACACGCUCAUGUCAAGAAGAUCAAUUUGGAUGGCAAUAAUAGGGCCGAAAGUGUGACAUUUGUGCAUCGCGGUAAUAAGGAGUACACAGUGCGAGCCAGCAAGGAGAUUAUUCUAUCUGGAGGAGCCAUCGGUUCACCACAACUUCUACUGCUCUCAGGCAUCGGUCCCGCCGAUCACCUCAAGAGCCUGGGUAUACCCGUUAAAUUGGAUCUUCCUGUGGGUCACAAUCUCAAGGAUCAUGCCAGUUUGCCGGUCAUCUUUCAGAUUGAUAAGUCCACAGCUAGAAAACCCACUGAGGAGGAGCUAGUGGAUGCCAUGUAUAACCUCUUGAUGGGUCGCUAUAGCAAAUUGUUGCAUCAUGAGGCUACCGCCUUGACUGGUUUCAUUAAUACCACUUCGAUUGAGGGUCCCAAUCCGGAUAUUCAGACCACAAACUUCUUCAGUUUGAUGCAGAGUCCUGAGCUCAAGGGUUAUGUGGCUGCCACCGGGUUUAAUGAUCGUGUGGCCAAGAGUAUUCUUUCGGCUAAUCAGAACACAAAUACCUAUAUUACCUAUUUGCUACACCUGAAACCCUUCUCCGCUGGCAGUUUGACCCUGAAGACAGCCAAUUACUUGGAUGCACCCAUUUUGGAUCCUGGAUAUAUGACCGAUGAACGUGAUGUGGAUACUUAUAUUCGUGCUUUGAAUAUCUACAAGAAUCUGCCAAAUACCAAGGCAUUUAGUGAGCGAGAGGCGAAGCUUCACAAAUUGGAUUUGGAAAAGUGCAAUGGCCUGAAGUAUCAAUCGGAUGAGUAUUGGCGUUGUUAUAUUCGUCACAUGACCACCACUGUCUACCAUCCGGUGGGCACCACUCGCAUGGGACCCUCAUCCGAUCCCACCGCUGUUGUGGAUCCACGUCUUCGUGUCCACGGGGCCAAGGGAUUGCGUGUGAUUGAUGCCAGCAUUAUGCCCGAUAUUGUUGGAGCUAAUACCAAUGCCGCUUGCAUCAUGAUUGCCGAAAAGGGAGCCGAUAUGAUCAAGGAGGAUCAUCUCGGCAAAGUGCAGCACAACGAGCUCUAAGUGAGCAUCAUUAUACACGAGUAGACAUUCUAUAGUUUUAAGUACCAAAAAAGUGUCAUCGAACGCUUAUAUUUUUUUUGUUAGUUAUUUUUUUUUGUCUCUAA